CCUCAUUUGUUUAUCCUGCCAAAUUUGUCAUGAUCAUCAAAGCAAGGUAGAUUGACUAAUUAUUAUUACAUCUUAUUUACCAUCCUAAAUUACAUGUGAAAACAUUACAAUAAAUUGAGCAAUAUGACGUCCAUAUACAAGAUACACCGGGAGAGUGAGCCUCCCUUAUCAUCGGAAGAAAUCGUGAGUAAACAUUCGAAACCCCUGGACGGAGUGUUUAUCCCUAAAAAAUUUCUGGAAAUCCAAGAUGACGUAGCCGAUUGGAAAGUGAACGAGGCCGAUGUCUGGAUAGUGAGUUUCCCUAAAACUGGUACAACCUGGACUCAAGAAAUGGUCUGGCUACUGUUGAAUGACUUAAAUUAUAAGGCGGCCGAACAGAAUUUAAUUAAACGUUCUCCACAACUAGAGGCUACUUGCUUGGUACGAUCGCCUUAUCUCAAGUACUUCCGCCCAAUUAUACCAAAACCAAUUAUAAACUCCUUAAAAUAUGUUAAAAGCCAAAGAAGCCCUGCUUGCAUAAAAACGCAUCUGCCCUGGAAUUUAUUACCCAAGGAAAUUCAGAAGGGUAUUAAGAAACCUAAGAUUAUAUAUAUUUCCCGAAACCCUAAAGAUACUUGUGUCUCCUACUACCAUUUUUCGCGCUUAGUCAAAGAGUUCGAUGGCACUUUGGAGGAGUUCUGCAAACUGUUUUUAGCUGGAAAAGUAAAUUUUGCACCUUUCUGGAACCACGUCUUACCAUUCUGGAGACGUCGCAAUGACCCCAACGUCCUUUUCCUAAAAUACGAAGAGCUGAAGUCGGACUUGCCGGGUGUGGUCCAGAAAACUGCCAGAUUCUUGGACAAAAGUCUCACCCAGGAGCAAACUGAUAAACUGGCAAGGCAUUUAAGCUUUGACAGCAUGAAAAAUAAUCAAGCUGUGAACUACGAUUGGUUGGUGAAAUUAUCGCAGAUCUACAAACCGUCGGAUAAAAAUAACGUUUUUAUGAGAAAAGGGAAGGUGGGAGGGUACAAGGAAGCCAUGACACCCGAUGUGAUCGAACAGUUUGACAAAUGGACGGAAGAGAACACCAGAGGCACCGGACUAACUUAUUUUUAAUAAAACUACCUAAAAUAAAAUUUAAAAUUAUUUAUUUCUUAUAAUUCUACGUGAACAUAUUCAGUCGUUGCUUUCACUUCUUCAUGGUAAAAGCCCUUGCAGGAAUCAUUGUAGUAAGUCUGAAAGAAAUUAAUAAAAAGUUUUUAAUAAGAAAA